AUGGAAUCAGCAUUUGCUCUUCACGCCUCAUCUGUUAUUAAGUUUAAUGGGUUCAAUUAUAAUGAAUGGAGUGAACAAGUCGAGUAUUACUUGAGUGUUCAAAAUCUCGACCUUGCACUCAUGACAGAGAAACCAGCUGAUCUCACUGAGAACAUCACUGAUGAAGAAAGGUCUUUCCAUAAGGAAUGGGAGAGAUCGAAUAGAUUAAGCCUGAAAUAUUUACAGAUGACAGUGGUGAGCGAAAUCAAGAUCUCACUUCCUACCACAGAAUAUGCUAGGGAAUUUAUGAGAUUAGCCAAAGAGACUUCUCAGUCUGAGGCCGCUGACAAGUCCCGCACGGGGGCAUUAAUGAGUAGGCUGACCACCAUGAAAUAUGAUGGUUCUCGUAGCAUGUAUGAACAUGUGACUGAGAUGUCAAAUAUAGCAGCAAGAAUUAGAAACAUUGGAAUGUCUGCGGACGAAAGUUUCCUUGUUCAGUUUGUCAUUAACUCUUUACCUCCUCAGUUUAGUCCAUUUCAAAUUAAUUAUAACACAAUUAAAGAUAAAUGGAAUAUGACUGAGCUUCAAACUAAGUUAGUUCAAGAGGAGGAAAGAUUGAAGAAACAAGGAGUUCAUUUUGUUAAUCUUGUGGGCUCGUCUGGAGUUAAGAACAAAUCCAACAAGAAGUAUGGAAAUGGCAAAAGGCCAUUGAAGAUUAACGAGUCUUCUGCCCAAGUCCAUAAGAAGGAUAAGACUAAAGAAAAGUGUAUUUCUAUAAGAAAGUUGGACACUAUAUGA